AUGUCAACACUUUUAAUUCAAAUUGAUGAGAAGUCAAUUUUUUUGGGCAUUCCUGAAGAAGAACGCCCGCGGAUAAGGCACAUGUAUAACAGCAAUGAAGUUGCAGAAAACCUCGCAGAACAAUUGAUGUAUUCUAUCAUACGUCUCUGCUCCACGCUGCCCAAUAUAGUAUUGCAAGAUACUUGCGUCGUUUUAGUUGUUGAUCUAUUCUUGAUGAAAGCAAUUCUAUGGAUGUAUUCUGCUCUUACGGCUACACUGAGUGCUGGGUCCAAAGACGCACUUGUCAUUGACAUAGGAUGGUAUGAAACAAAAAUAAUCCCUAUUGCCGAUUUAAAAGUCCUGAGCAAUUUAAUCCAUAUUUCCAACAAAAGCACUAUCUCAGUGAUAAAAUACAUGCAUGAGUGCUUAGUAGCAGUUUGUGCAGCCUCAGAUCCGACAAAUGCUUCUCGAGCUGAUCUUGUGCCUCUCUCGUUUCAGGGCCUUCUUUCAUCCCUUCUUAAUUCUUCUGUCUAUCCUUAUGCAGAUCUAGAUAUUCCUUUCACGAUGAAUGCCGAAGAAACGGUUCGUAUGUUCCACAAUUCCCCAAGGAACCUAAUGACUCUCGCUUCUAAAGCGUCUCACCAUACUUCUCAAGAAACGCAUCUCCUGUUUGAUAACUGUCAAAAUGAUCGAGUCAAAUUACAACCUUGGAUACCGGCUGCUUGUUUAGACUCACUUUUCCAUGGUACAGAUUCUACGCAUUUAGACCUUGUAGAACAAGCCUUGCCAAAUCUUCUGCAAAAGGUCAUUCAGUUACUUCCCAUGGAUCUCAGAAGACCUUUAUCAAAAAAAAUUUUGCUCAUAGGACCUUUGGCUUCUAUACCUGGGAUGUUAGAACGUUGGAACCAUGAAAUGAUCGCACGAGGGAUGCCUGUCCACUGUCUUCAAUCACAUUAUCAAAACCCAUUUCAUGCUUGGUAUGGAGCCACUAUCUCUUGUAAAUCGCAAAUGGGGGAUCUCAAUAUGCAUAGUUCAUCAACUUCUGCUGAAUAUGCCAAACAAAAAUUACCUCCAUCUCCAAUGCUCUACUUCAAUUCCCAAUAUUCUCGGGGAAUACCCUUACCGGAAUGGUGGUUUCCCCAGAUUUAA